AUGAAGACCGCUACACUUUGUCUUGUUGUGGCUGCAGUAUUUGUAUAUGUGAGCGCCAAGCCUCAGCAGCCUCCUGCUGCACCAGCAGGUCAGCAGGUGGCUGCCGCUGGACAGGCGGCUGGACAGGCGGUAGGACAGGCGGCUGGACAAGCGGCAGGACAAGCCACUCCUGGAGCGCAAGCCGGCCAAGCACCCGGUGGUGCUCCAUCUGGCGCGCCAGGCGCUGCCAACGGUGCCGCUCCUGCAGCUAACAACGCCGCCGCUAGUAACUCUGCUGGUGCUGGUGCCCCCAGUGGCGCCCCUAGUGGUGCUCCUAGUGGUGCUCCUAGUGGUGCUCCUAGUGGUGCCCCUAGCGGUGCUCCUAACGCUGCAUCUCAAGCUGCUGCUGGAGCCAACCCUGGCGCUAACCCUUCUGCUGCUGGAGGCUCACCAAAUCAAUCUUCAAACCAACAAAACUCAAACAUCAUCGACGAGGCCAUGAAGGAAGGAAAGACCAUGGUGGAUUUCUUCGCACAAAGGUUCAUUCCGGGUUUCCAGGGAUAA